CAAGCAAAACGAUACGCACCCAGUAUUUGGUGGGAACGCCAUUCCUAUAUGCUUCGUUUCUCUCCCCUUCUCCGCCACCCUCCACUUCACGCCAUGGCGCGUGCAAUCACAUGCGCCACUCAACCCCAUUUCUCUUCCUCACCCAACAACGCCACCCCUCGUCACCUGCCUCUGCCUUCAAAAUCAUCUUCGCUUUUCUGUCGCACCUUUCACGCCUUCGCUCGGUGCCGAAGUGAAAGGAAGAAGCCUUCGCCGGCAUUGGUGGGCGUACGCGCCGGACAGAGGGAGUAUCGGAAGGUGAGGAGGCGAGCACCGAAGAGCAAAGAGAAGGAGUUGCAACUCUGCGUCGACAUUUGCAUCGAAGAAGAUUUGCCUGAGGAUCCUGAAAUUUUGAGCAUUGCAGAGAUGCUUCGUCUAAAUGCUCCAAUGGCAAUGAAACUUGCAUUUGAUGGUUUGAAAGGUUCAGGGUAUAAAACAAGAGACACUGCCAUAAAUGAUGUUGGUGGGUUUGAUAGUGUUGAGUUAUCAGUGCUUCUUUGCAAUGAUGAGUUUAUUCGAAAACUUAAUAAGGAAUGGAGAGAUGAAGAUCAUGCGACAGAUGUUCUCUCAAUGUCACAACAUGUUCCAGGGCUCAAGCUUCCUAUUCUUAUGUUGGGUGAUAUUGUAAUUUCUGUUGAGACAGCAGCUCGACAAGCAGAGGAAAGAGGGCACACUCUUCUUGAUGAGAUUCGUAUCCUCAUGAUUCAUGGCUUGUUACAUCUUCUGGGAUUUGAUCAUGAAAUAAGUGAAGAGGCUGAAGUAGAAAUGGAGAGAGAGGAGGAACUCCUUUUAGAAAGUCUUGGUUGGAAAGGAAAAGGGCUAAUAAAAAGCGCAUGUGAUGCUGAAACAAAUUCAAACUCUCACCAAGACAGUUCAGAUGACAGGAAGAAAGAAGGCAGUCUUAGAUUUUACAAACCAAAGUUCAGCUAUAUCUUCUGUGAUAUGGAUGGAACAUUGCUGAACAGCAAGAGUCAAAUUUCUUCUACAACUGUCAAGGCUUUGAGAGAGGCAUCAUCAAGGGGUGUGAAAAUUGUCAUAGCUACUGGAAAAGCUCGUCCAGCUGUGAUAGAUAUUUUUAAGAUGGUGGAUUUAGUGGGAAAAGAUGGCAUUGUUUCAGAAUUAUCUCCUGGGGUUUUCUUACAGGGAUUGCUUGUUUAUGGGAGACAAGGUCGGGAAAUAUUGAGAAGCAAUUUAGAUCCAAAUGUCUGUAGGGAGGCAUGUCUUUACUCUUUGGAGAGUAAUGUUCCACUUAUUGCAUUUUGUGAAGGGCGCUGCUUAACCCUUUUUGACAACCCGCUUGUUGAUUCGCUGCAUACAGUGUAUCAUGAACCAAAGGCUGAGGUCAUGCCGUCUAUUGAACAUCUAUUGGCUGCUGCUGACAUACAGAAAAUGAUUUUCUUAGAUACUGACCAGAGGGUGGCUGAUACUUUACGUCCAUACUGGUCAGAUGCAACAAAAGGUCGUGCCACAGUUGUUCAAGCUGUGCCAGAUAUGCUGGAAAUUGUACCCUUGGGAACAUCGAAGGGGAAUGGAGUAAAAGUGCUGCUGGAUCAUUUGGGGGUUACUGCUAAUGAGAUAAUGGCUAUUGGGGAUGGGGAAAAUGAUGUUGAGAUGGUUGAGCUGGCUUCUCUAGGCAUCGCACUAAGUAAUGGAGCAGAGAAGACCAAAGCUGUGGCUAACGUAAUUGGUUUAAGCAAUGAUGAAGAUGGCGUAGCAGAUGCCAUCUACCGGUUUUGGGACCACAAAACUAGUGGUGUUGGAGUAAUGUAGCCAUGCCGACGUGCCAGUUGACCUAAACCCAAAGUAUCCAAUUAUUCUUAUUUGUUUAGUUAGAGUUUUUCUAAUCUUAUUACCUUUCAAUUUGAUUGUCAAAUUUUUGUAGAAAU